AUGCAGAACAGACUGUCUCUACUGUUGCGGCAGGUGCUGCUGUUGGUGCUGGUCUCAGCAGCAGCAUCAGCUGCAGCACCAGUUGCUGCAUCAGCAGCAACUACUGCAGCAGCAGCAGCAGCAGUUUUCGUCUUUGCUGCCUCGCCCGCUCAAUGCCUUGAAAGAAUUGCUGCUGCUGAUGCAGGCGAUGCAGCAGAUGAAGAUCUGCUGCUGGGGAUGGACAACUUCACUCCCUCGCACCCCAGCAGCAGCAGCAGCAGCAGCAGCAGCAGCAGCGACAACGCACUCCUCUUCCCUCAAUACUUUACGGACGCAACAGCAACAGCCUUUCCUGAAGAAACAGCAACAAUGGAUUGGGCAACAGCAGCAGCAACAGCAGUAACAACAGCAACAGCAGCAGCAACAGCAGAAGCAGCACCUCCUACAAGCAAUCUACGCAAGCAGCAGAGCCUAACAAAGAUUAUUCUUAUGAUUCUGCUGCCGUUGCUGCUGCUGCUGCCGCUGCUGCAGCACGACAGCGAUUUAGAUGCGCUGCAGCAGCAGCAGCACAACGGCCUCGACGGGCCUGUUAUAGGAGACACCGGAUUGUAA